AUGACAACUACAGCAAAUCUUUCAUCGAAUUCAUUUAGUUAUGCAUCAUCAAAAACAUCAGCACAACAAACAACAUGUAACAUAUGCAAGCGUCUUCUGUAUUCAUUUGAAGAAAUCCUUGUUUGUCGUAUUUGUCAUGGUUCGUAUCAUUGGCGUUGUGUAAAACCUGAAACGAUUUCUCACUAUGGUGAAAAUGAAAAUUAUAUUUGUGAUAAAUGUAAUGACGUUACAACGACUAAUCUAUCGCCUCGAACCACCAAUGGUGGUAUUAAAAUUAAAUCAACUGAUUCUGUUAUUACAGAUUAUCGAGAUUUUGCUAGUAUACCAUCAAAAAUCAAUUCAACAGAAACAAAUGUUCUUAAUACUAUUCGAUAUUUUGAAGAAAAACAACAACAAGCUCAGAUAUAUAAACCAACGAAAGCAUCUGAACUCGAUAGUUAUCUGCCAUUACAAAUUAAUGAAAGAGACUAUCAUCAGCGUAAUGGUCAAUAUAACGAUGGCAGUCGAACAACUCGGCGAAUUCAACAACAAAAGCAAAACGAAAUAGAAAGUGACAACGAAAACGAUACAUCAGCAAUGUUUCAAGCUAAUUAUCAAUACACUCCUCUUAAAGAAUAUGCUGCAAUGAGAAGUAGUCAAACAACAAAUGAUAAAAAAACAAAUGGUUAUCAAAAAAAUGCCAUUGAAUGGCAAAAAAAGUUUUUUAAACUUGAAAAAGAUUCAGAUAUUAUUCUUUUUACUCUAUUUGCGUAUUCUCCUCCAGGCAGUGACAUUCGUCAAACAACAUCUCGUUAUGGUGGUGGUUUACGUUAUUCAAAUCAUGGCUAUGAUCCAACAGUUGCACGUCUUGUUGAAGCUCCUUUAAGUGAUUCGACACAUUUUACAAGUCCAACAGUUGAUAAUUUAUCAGUUCAUAAUCGUCAACAACAUUUUGUUAGUACAACUAAUUUGAAUAUUAGUGAAAAAGAGUUUCGUCGUCAACAGCAACAAGAACAACAACAGCAACAAAGCUCUCUUAUAAAUUCACCUCCAUAUACAUCUCUAAUUCGUGAUGAUGAUUCAUCAGUAUUUAAAUCUUCAACUCAAGAACAACAUCAACAACAACAGCAACAUGAUCGUCAUUCAACAGUUGGUAGUGAUUCAGGUAUUGUUAUGGUUCAUUCAAAUUCUCAACCGCAACAGCAAUCGGAUGAAAAUCAGUUGGUUGAAAGAAAAUUAACGACUUUAGUACAACAAUUAGGAAAACAAUUAGAAAAUGAUGCACAAAAAAUCAAUGAAAAAUUAGAAUCAAAAUUAAAAAAAUUAGAAGAUAUGAUUAAUCAACAAACAUAUAUUAUUCGGCAACAAGAUGAAGUUAUUGAACGUUUAAAAAGUAAAAUACUGAAAAUUGAAACAGAACGUGAUCAUUUUCGUGAUCGUUUAAUUGUACAUGAACAACGUGAACAAGAUGAAAAGAAAAAUUUAACAAAUGAAACACACAGAUUAUAUGAUCAACAUGAUAAUAGUGAACAAGAUAAGCAAUCAGACAGAAAAUAUUCAGAUGCAUCAACAACUAUUACAGACAAUACCAAAUCAUCAACGAAAAAGACUGCUGCACCACGUGCGGAUCAUCAGUGGUCAACUAUCAGUAAGGAGAAUGAACCAACAAAAACUAAACUUGUGAAAAAUAUUUCAACCGAUCGAGAACGACUUGCAUCUGAAUCUUCGUCAGUUCCAUCAGGUCCUGUAACAGAAAAGCCAGCUGCAUCAAGUCGUCUUGAUAAUAUAAUUCAUCAGCCACAUGGAGGAAAUGUUACACAUCGAUCAUCAUCAAGUUAUAGUUUAGCUCAAGUUCGUCAUCAAGAUCGAACACGAAAUCUUGAACCUAUUUCAAUGGAACAACAACAAGUUGUAACAAUUGUCCAUCAAAGUGAUAGUAAAGCAGAUGCUAUAAAACAAAAAAGGUCAAAAUCAUCAUCAUCAUCAUCAUCAUCAUCAAGUUCAUCGAGUUCAAGAAAUCAAUCUGUUAGAAAACAUAAUGUAAUAUCAACAAAUAAUACAACAAAAACAAAUGAAAAUUCAAAUAUACAUCGAAGUUUUGAAUCAUUACAAAAUACAUAUAAAAAUAAUCAAGGUUUGAAAUCAACGAAUAGAACAUCUUCACUUGAAUUCGGUACAAGAUCGGCGCCAUACGAUGAUCCAGCACCUGUUGAAGGAAGUCCACCAGCUCUUCAAUCAAAUGGUCUUGUUAAAGGAUGGCUUCGAAAACAAAAUCGAGAUUCAAUUUUAAAACGAAUUGAACGUUAUUAUUGUGUUUUAACAGAUGAGGCACUCUUAAUGCAUCGACAUGCACAUGAUAGAAUACCACACAAAGCAGUAAAUCUUAAAGGUGCAAAAGUGCUUCUUUAUGAUGAUUCUAAACAUGGUCCAUCACUUGAAUUAACUUGGUCAAAUCAAUCAAAUGAUGCUAAACACUAUCAUUUAUAUGUGCCUAGUUCACAAGAAGCUGAUGAAUGGGCAACUGGUAUUCAAACAGUAAUACAAAAUCUAGAGAGAAGAUAUUUUCAAUAA